GAGUUGAGUUGCCUGACCCCGAAAGCUUUGUGAGUUUCUCAGAGGAGGGAACGAGAGAGCGAGAGAGUGCAGAGAGAGGCCCUCAGACAGCAUUAGAGUGUGUGUGUGCGCGCGCGCGCGAGGGACAGAGCCAGUUGCAGAAGGCGAGAGUGCACACCGAGGAAGUCAGGAGGGACAGAGUAAGACAGUCAGACAGUCAGACAGUCAGAGAGAGAGAGAGAGAGGGAGAGAGAGAGAGAAGGCAGCGGUUGCAGGACUAGCAGCACCAGCGGUUCAUCUUUGCCUGUCUUCGACGUGUCAUGGAUUUGCAGAGCUGGUGCGGAGCUCCGUGUGGAAUAUUUGGGAAUCCCGCCACGCCAGGAGCCGAGGAGCCAGAGCAGCGUGCGUGAUCCAUCCCUCCAGGAUGCCCUCCGUCUCCCUCAGCCUGCCAGCCACCCUGGCCGGCCGGGCGCGCACCUGGGUCUGCCUCUCCUGCAUGGUCUGGCCGGAGGAUUUCGAAGCCGUCCACUCCCACACCUUUCGAGUGAAGACGUUCAAGAAGGGCAAACAGUGUGGGGUUUGUAAGCAGACCGUCAACAAGGAGGGACUCAUCUGCAGAGUGUGCCGGUUAACGUGCCAUAAGAAAUGUGAGGUGAAGGUUUCUACAUCUUGUGUCCCUUCUGCUAACUACGAACUGGCUCCCAGUAACGACAUCCCGUUGAAGCAUGUAGAGACUACGGGCUCGACAAAGUCGUCCAAGAGCAUGGAGUCCCGACGCAGACCAUCAAGGAGCCUAAGUUUGAUCCAGGCCAUGGAGGACAACUAUGAGGUGGACCUGGUGUACAUCACCGAGCGCAUCAUCUCUGUGUCCUUCCCCAGCAGCGUGGAGGAGCUGAGCUACAGUGCCAACCUCAAGGAGGUGGCCACCAUGCUCAGGUCCAAACAUGGGGACCAUUACUUGCUCUUCAACCUCAGUGAGAAGCGCUAUGACAUCACCCAACUGAAUCCCAAAGUGCUUGACUUUGGCUGGCCGGACCACCAUGCCCCUGCCCUGGACAAAAUCUGCAGCAUCUGCAAGGCCAUGGACACUUGGCUGAACGCCGACAGCCAUAACGUAGUGGUGCUGCACAACAAGGGAAACCGAGGGAGAACUGGUGUUGUGGUCGCAGCAUAUAUGCACUACAGCAACAUAUCAGCAAGUGCUGACCAGGCCCUGGACAGGUUUGCCAUGAAGAGGUUUUAUGAAGAUAAAGUGCUUCCUGUUGGCCAGCCCUCCCAGAAAAGGUAUGUGCAGUACUUCAGUGGGUUGUUGUCAGGACAUAUCAAGAUCAACAACAAGCCCCUCUUCCUGCAUCAUGUCAUCAUGCAUGGCAUCCCCAACUUUGAGUCAAAAGGAGGUUGCCGCCCUUUCCUCAAGAUCUACCAAGCCAUGCAGCCGGUCUACACAUCUGGGAUCUAUAACGUGCAGGGAGACAGCCAGACAAGCAUCUGCAUCACCAUUGAGCCUGGCCUGCUCCUGAAGGGGGACAUUCUGCUCAAGUGCUAUCACAAACGUUUCCGAAGUCCCUGCAGAGAUGUCAUAUUCCGGGUGCAGUUUCAUACCUGUGCGGUGCAUGACCUGGGAAUUGUGUUCGGAAAAGAUGAAUUGGAUGAGACGUUUAAAGAUGACAGAUUUCCUGAAUAUGGAAAGGUAGAGUUUGUGUUCUCCUUUGGACCAGAGAGAAUUAAUGAUUUCACUUCAGGUAUGGACCAUCUGGAGAAUGGCCCCAGUGUAUCAGUGGACUACAAUACCCAGGAUCCCCUCAUCCGCUGGGACUCCUAUGAGAAUUUCAAUCAACGUUGUGAGGACUCCUUGGAGGACGUCAUCCACACACAGGGCCCUCUGGACGGUAGCCUCUACGCUAAAGUGCGCAAGAAGGAGUCCCUGGACGGCAGCGUCACUGCCAACGGUCUCCCGGGGACGGUUGAGCACGUCUUAACGGCCGUGGACCACGCUCUCCCUCCUGGUGACCACGCCCUCUCGGUGAGCAGCGAUUCGGGCAACUCCACCGCAUCAAUCAAGACCGACCGCACCGAUGAGCCGGCAGCCAGCCAGCAGCAGCCGGCCCCAGUGAUCCAGCCGCCCGCGCUGGCCCCCCAGCAGCCCCUCAGCCCCGAGGAGAAGCAGGAGCUGGACCAGCUCCUCAGCGGCCUGGAGGACCCCAUGCACCGGCCCGGAUACCCAGCCAGUGGAGGCGGAGGAGGAGGAGGCGGAGGGAUGCUGCACCUGGUACCCGCCCAGGUCCAUGUGAAUGGCCACGGCAACAGCUUGGACCGGGAGACAGACAUCCUGGACGACGACCUGCCCCUCAGCCAGGAGGGCAACAGCGUAGACAGCCUGGGCACCCUGUCCUCCUUCGAGGGGCGCGCCACACCCGCGGACCUGUACUAUCAGCCUGAGACAGUCAUCAACGGCCAAGACGGCCAGUACAUAGAGAAGAGCGCCCAGCAGCAGCAGCAGCAGCGGCAGGAGCUGCAGCAGCAGAUGGCCCAGGAGCCAAUCACGCUCAUCCGUAGCUCCUCAUCGGCGCAGGAGCGAGUGGGCGACUCGGGCCCCCCGUCCAGCGGCUACGCCAGCCAGAACGGCAGCAUCUACCGCUCGCAGUCCUUCGGCUCGGAGCAGAGGGGCCUGUUGCCCAAGGCGCCCGCGCGCACCACCAGCAGCCGCGAGGCGGUGCAGCGGGGCCUGAACGUAUGGCAGCAGUACGGCGUGCCCGAGGUGCCACUCACCGACGGCGUCCACUUCAGCCCGUCGCUGCAGACGCACAGCUUGCCCGAGUUCCCGCGGGCCGCGUCGCAGCAGGAGAUCGAGCAGUCCAUCGAGGCGCUCAACAUGCUCAUGCUGGACCUGGACCCCGCGCUGACGCAGCCGGCCGUGCCCAAGUCCUACAGCGCGCCCACGGGAGCCGCGGACGGUGGCGUGGUCACCACCCAGCCCUCCUUCUCUCAGAGCCAGGCCAGGCCGUCCUAUCAGGCUGACGUAGGGGCGGCUCUGAGCGGCCACCCCACAGCCAUGGCCCCCCAGGCCCACUUGUCCCCGCUUCAGACCCCCGGCCGCCCUGCCGAACCCCAGGUCGGCAUCGCUCAGCAGAGGCCCACCGCCAUGUACCAGCCCAGCCCGGGCGUGCCCGCGUUCCCCACCGAUUCAGAGGCAAUGGGACUGAUACGGACCAGCCCGGCACCACAAGUCCAGUCUUCAGGCCCCUCACCCACGUUCGGCCAGCUGCAGCUGAAGCCCCUCAACACGUACCCACCCAGCGCUCCGUCGCACUCCCCCGAGUCUCAGGAGGCCUCUUCCCCGUACCCCGCUACCCAGAACAGCCACUCGGCCUCCUCCUCGCCCCUCCCCAAAGAGGGCCAGCCUGAGGAGGGAAACUACAACCUGGAGGGCCUGGUUGCACACCGUGUGGCAGCGUACACCGCUCGCCUCCAGGGCCUGAGCGACGACUCCAGCACCCCGCAGCCCGAGCACCAACGCUCUCUUUCCCCCUCUGGUGUUGAGUCUCGUGAUGAUGAUGACCCAGGACGUCAGCGCACCGCCAGCGAAGGACAUUUCCAGGACCGGAGCCCCACGGAGGCCGAGCCAAUCCGCUCCCCCAUCCGCUGCAUCUCCCCCGAGAUGGCCAACACCAUCGCUCUGAACCCUGGGGGGCGACCCAAGGAGGGACAGAUGCACAGCUACCGCGAGGCCUUUGAAGAGGUGGACGGGGGGCCCGUGAGCCCCACCCCCACCAUUGGUGGUGAGGUUCUCCCCCAAACCCCUGCCUUUCCUGUCUCGCCACAAACCCCUUACUUCAACAUGUGUCGCUCUCCGCCAGGACUGGCCAAAACGCCCCUGUCCUUCCUGGGCCUGAAACCCCACAACCCAGCCGAGAUCCUGCUCCACCAGACCGGCUCAGAGCCGCGCAGCUAUGUGGAGUCUGUGGCCCGGUCAGCUGCCCAGGGGGGAGGCCCGGCGGCGUCUUCAGUCCCCUCCAGCCAUGAGCCGGACGCCGCGGCCCGGACCGCCACCCUCUCUGGGCCCUCGCAUGCCUUCAACGCACCGCUGUCCUCCAGCAGCCCCAUCCAGAGCCCUGACAGAGAGCACCCUCUGGCCGACAGCAGCGUAGGCCUGAUCUCCUCCCCUCAGCCUGGCGUGGACUCUGGGUUCCGCUCGCAGCCAUCCGAGCAGAGCGCCUCCCGCACCCCCACUCCCUCCUACCCCGUCUCCAGCAGCCAGUCGGGCAGUUACAUGACCCCUGACCUCAGCCCCUCCCUCCCCGACAGCACCUACUCUAGCCUCCCCAGCCUCCAGCCGGCCCCCGGUAGCCCCGGCGCCCUGCACCACACCAUGGCCCCCUACGCACCCUCCAGCCCCAUCCUCCAGCACCGGCUGGCAAGCCUUGACAGCCCCAACCUCCAGCACCGGCUGGCCAGCCUUGACAGCCCCAUCCUCCAGCACCGGCUGGCUAGCCUUGACAGCACCAUCCUGGGUCGUCAGCCCUCGCCGGCCAACGGCAUCCAGCAUGGCCUGGUGGCAGGCAGCCCGGUCCUGGGCCACUAUCCCACGGUAUCCACGGCCACUCAGAGCAGCCCGGCGUUGAACAGACAGCCCCCCGUCAGCCAGGGCACCCAAAGCAGCCCCAUCCUCAGCAGACAGUCACCAUACAGCCAGCCCGUCCAGAGCAGCCCGGUGCUGAGCAGGCAACCGUCCAUCGGCCAGGCCACGCAGAGCAGCCCGGUGUUCGUCCGCCAGCCGUCCAUCGGCCAGCCGGCCCAGAGCAGCCCUGUGCUGAGCAGACAGCCCUCACUCACCCACCCCUCGCAGGGCAGUCCGGUGCUGGGCCGACACCCGUCCAUCAGCCAGGUGACCCAGGGUAGCCCGAGCCUGGACCGGCACCCCAUGUACAGCGGCUACAACACCCCGGACGAGCGGCACGGCGCCCUGUCCCGGCAGAGCAGCUCCUCCGGGUACCACCCGCCAUCCACCCCCUCCUUCCCGAUCUCGCCUGCCGGCUACAUGGAGGGUGUGGGCUUCCGGCAGGGCAGCCCAGCCCCGCAACAGCAGCCCCAGCUGCCCGAGAAGAGGCGCAUGUCCAGCGGGGAGCGUCCCAACGGCGGCCUGUCCUACGGCACCCUCAACGGCAAGAUGUCCUCGCCCAUGUCCAGCGGGGGCAGCACGCCCAACGUGCAGUUCUUCCACACACUACCCGACUUCUCCAAGCUCGCCAUGUGCGAUGGGAGCCCAGAGACCAGGUUGAAUGUAAAGUUCGUCCAGGACACGUCCAAGUACUGGUAUAAGCCAGACAUAUCCCGAGAGCAAGCGAUCAGCAUACUGAAGGAUAGAGAACCGGGAGCGUUCAUCAUCCGUGACAGUCACUCUUUCAGAGGGGCCUACGGUCUGGCAAUGAAGGUGGCCUCUCCACCUCCCACUAUGCAGCCCAAUAAGAAAGCUGCUGAUGUCACGAACGAGCUGGUGCGGCACUUCCUCAUUGAGACCAGUCCAAAGGGAGUGAAACUGAAGGGGUGUCCUAACGAGCCCUACUUUGGAUGCCUGUCAGCGCUGGUGUAUCAGCACUCCAUUACCCCGCUGGCACUGCCCUGCAAACUGGUCAUACCUACCAGAGAUCCUCAUGAUGAGACCCCGGAGAUAGCCACACCCACGAACCCUGCAGCAGAGCUCCUCAAACAGGGAGCAGGGCAGAAGGCUCCUACUGAAUCACAUGCCUGCAAUGUCCUGUACAUCAAUUCUGUGGAAAUGGAGUCCCUAACCGGACCGCAGGCCAUCGCUAAGGCCAUCUCCGAGACGCUGGCAGCUGGCCCUGCGCCCACCGCCACCAUCGUUCACUUCAAGGUGUCAACGCAGGGCAUCACCCUGACCGACAACCAGAGAAAGAUCUUCUUCAGGAGACACUACCCUAUCAACACCGUCACCUUCUGCAACACCGACCCCCAGGAGAGGAAGUGGAACAAACCAGAAGGGGGCACCGCAAAGUUUUUUGGAUUCGUGGCCAGGAAGCAAGGAAGCACAACAGACAACGUCAGCCACCUCUUCGCUGAGAUCGACCCCGACCAACCUGCCACUGCCAUUGUCAACUUUGUCUCCAAAGUGAUGAUGAGCUCCCAGAAACGAUGAUCUGCUCUUGAGGGGGAAAAUCAAUUUUUUUUUCUCAACUCCAGAGGACAUUUCAUUUCACGCCUUUGAUUUCUGUCUUUUUUCUUUCCCCCUUUUUCUUUGACUGUGUAUUGUAUGUGUAUACAGUAUGGAUAUGUGUAUGUGUAUGAGAGUGCAUGGAUGCGCUUGUGCUUGUGGUGUUUGUUUUUGGGAAGGCUUUGGGUGUUGACAGACUGGGACAGAGGAAGUGCUGGGUGGGGGCGUGGUUGUGUGACGUGCGUUGCGAAGGUGAGCUGAACCUUGACCUUUAGGAUGGGUGACUAUAAUUGAAAAAGGACAGAGAAGGCUAUGCUGAAGUCAGAGGGCUUUUUCUUUUCCAAAGGGUAUAUGGAAAAGUGAAUUCCAGAGGGAAGACAGAGAGGAUCUGAGAUCGGGGUUUUUGGAUUGAUCUACCAAAGAUAAAGCAGUCAGGAUGAAUAUAUGUAAUUAUUGGGGAGUCCAUUAUUUUGUAAAAUAAGGCUGCGUAAUCAGAGAUGGUCUGAAUUUAGUUUUUUCUAUACACAUGCAUUGAUACUGUUUAUAGUUUGAUUUCAUGAGAAGUGCAUGUGUGUACUUACUGAUUAUGAUUUUGUUGUGUUGUUUGAGAUGUUCGUACCCAGCUGUUGGAAUAAGGUGGGAGCUAGGGGGGGGGGGGGGGGGGGGGCUUGUGGAUUUCAAAGGGCUUCUCUGUACAAAGAAAAGAAAACACAGACCAAAAUGUUAUAAUCGAAUACACUGUGGUCCAAAUUCCACUUUGUUUUUUAUUUUCAUUUUAUCCAUUUCCUCUCUUCCUUUUUGUGUGUGGGCAUUUCUGAUAUAAUGCCAUUGAAGUCUUAUUUUAGUCAAUCCUUGAGCACCUAGGUUUUUUCAGUGGAAGUGGAGCCUGGGGGUUGAGCCCUGCCCUGCAUCAGUGGGGGGGUGAAUGGGCACGUGACAGGAUCAGACAGGCCUGUCCAUCAGUGGGGGGGGGUGAUGGCACGUGACAGGAUCAGACAGACCCUGUCCAUCUGUGGCUCCAGCCUCCACCUCAACUCCACACUGUGGCUUCUCUUCUGGGGCAUCCCACUCGGACCUUUGAGCACACUGGAGGAGACCGGCCCUGGGCAGAGGGUCUAGGCUGAGAUCUUUGCACUGUUCAGCAUGUUCUAGUACACAUGUAACCCCACCUCCACCACCUACGCACGCACCCACCCACCCACUCACUCACCUCAACCCCCUGUCUGUCUGCUACUGUGUGUACAUGAGUGUGUGUGUGUGUGUGUGUGUGUGUGUGUGUCUCAUUCUCGACGGUGGCUCUUCUUUGCAUCAUGGACCGUGUUUAGAGAGCAGUCCGGAAAAAUGGGACCUGCACCUGUUGUUGACUUCACCAGCUGCCACCUCUGUCUGUCCUCCCCCCACCCCCACCCCACCCCACCACCUACUUCUGUCCAGUAGUGCACUCCCUGGCUUCUCCCUGCGUCUCAUAGGCACCUGACAAUGACUUUUGUAGAACUAAAGUAGCUUGAAAACACUGCGCUGCGGCAGGCCUUACUUUAAAAUGACAAAACAAAAAAAUACGAAAAAAAAAAUACAAACACACAGACAUCAUACCCUAAAGUAAGCUAUAUAUAUAUAUUAAAAACUUUAAGAAGUGACUCUACUAAAAUAUUUAUUGUUUUAUUUUUGUGUGUUUUUUGUUUGUUUUUUUGCUAUGUUGCUCAAUGUUAACUCAAACAGUAUAUACAUAUUAUAUUGUAUAGUCUACAUAAAGAUUACUGACGCAAUGAAAAAAAAGUACUCUGUAUUUUCGCUAAGGUUUCAAAAUCAAUGCCUUUGAAAGCAUUCACUUGAGUAAGAUGUAAAAUGUAUGUGCUUGUCAUCAUGUUUUGAAUAUUUUCCUCUAGCAUUCUCUUGCAUCUGACUUGUGCUCAUUAGACUGAAGUAUGCUUCUGUGGAGAGGCUGUGGUAUAGAGAAGAAAGAUUAUUCUUUGUUAAAAAAAAAGAAAAGGAAAAAAAGAAUGACAUUUUAAAUGCUGUCGGUGUCAAGGCUUUUGUAUCUACAGAAAAUAUCAGAAGAGUCAUUUGAGGUGGGAAAAUGAGUGGGAAGAAACAAAAGAUUGAGCUUACUCAGUCAAUGGUAAACAGGUAAAUUUGUAUUGUCAAAUUUUUUAUCCUCUCUCUCUUUUGCCUCACCUGUAAAUGUUGGCCAAUGCCAAAAACGAUUGUACCUAUAGAAGCCUCCCCAGUUGUGCCACACUCAUAAAGUAUUGUGUUAGCUGCUGCCACCCCGUGGUGCAAAGAAAUAUUGCCACCAUUUAGACCACAGACACUAUACAGUCAUAUUAUACUUACACUGUCCUCCUGAUAAAUACUACAGUGUUUUAGCUGUUAUUCUAAUGCAACCCUUAAAAAUACAACAAAUAGUAAUGGCUAAUAUUUUAGCUCUCCAGUGACCAUUCAAUUCUGUGGUUUAAGACAUAUGAUGCAAAGGUCAUAAACACAUGAAAUUACUUGUGUUUCACCAGCCAACUAAUUUGUGGUAAACGGCCACCACCUGGUGUGUGUGUAAAUAUUUUGUUUCUCGCCAAGGACUUGUCACUUGUGUGUGCUUCCAUUGGCUUUAGAUCACGCUGUCCCUUUUUCUUUUAAUAUCCAGUAACAUGCCAUCUUAAUGAGUAUGCGAUGUCCUUUUCUUGAUAUGAAGUCACUUAUUUGGGAGGACACCAGGCUUCAAUAGACCCCUUCCUGAGGUGUAGAGUAUGUUUGAGAGUUACAGUUUUACUCCAAUACUUUUUUUGCUAAGCACUUACUUCUGGUAAUAUGAAAGAAGAAUAUUAUAAACAAAUCAAAAACACAACACAGCAGCUUUGCUAUUUCACUAUUCUGUAAUAUGCUACAUCAUUUUGAAAUUUGAAAAGAAUUUGUAACUGCAAGCAUUAGCAGCUUGCUCAGACACAUUUCAAAUUGGAUAUUGACUCCGUUGUAAACUACAUUUCCUAUUUAUUCUGUUGUCCAACUCACCACCGAUUCUGAUUGACCACAGGACUGAAAAAUGGGUUCAUGCUGUACUGAAUUUCUUUGCCAGGAGAUAGAAAGGAAUCUUCAACCAUAAAAUGUCAAUUCAUGUCCCAAUUGGUUUGUGUACUUUUCAAAGUGUUUUGUCCUUAAACCUUAUGUCCACAUAUGGACAAUAGCUCUUGAACUAGACUGUGUGAAUGUGCUUCUUCUCGCUGUACAGUCCAUUUAUUUUUAUUUUUCUCAUGUAUGGCUUCUUUAUUUUUGAAAACAUGUUAAAGAGCAAUACAAAUAAGUUACAUUAAAAUAUACUGUUGCUUGAAA